AUGAGAAGAAGAGAGUGUUGUGAGAAGGAUGGAGAGUUGAACAAGGGUUUAUGGACACCAGAGGAAGAUAAGAAGCUUAUUCAACAUAUUGAGAAGCAUGGACAUGCUAAUUGGAGAGCUCUUCCCAAACUUGCAGGGUUAUCAAGAUGCGGGAAAAGCUGCCGAUUAAGAUGGAUAAAUUACCUUCGACCUGAUGUCAAACGUGGUAACUUCACCAAAGAAGAAGAGAACACGAUCAUCAAAUUACAUCAAUCAUGGGGCAAUAAAUGGUCGAAAAUAGCAUCUUGCUUACCAGGAAGAACUGAUAAUGAGAUCAAGAACAUUUGGAACAUUUACCUAAAGAAACAAAUACAAACCAAAAAUACAAAUCCUCCAAAUGAUCAAACACCAACUUCAUCAUCCUCGUCAUCAUCAUCAUCAUCCAUGAAUUCAUGCGCAUUUAAUAAUCAAAAUGAAGGAGAUGGCAUAAGCAAACAAAAUAAUGAACCUUCAAACUACAUUGACUUGUUUGAUGAUUUGGAAGUUGAACAUUGGUUGAUGCUUGAAGAGUCUCAUGAUCUUUUAAACAAUGAGAACAUUGAGAACAACAACAACAACAACAAGAAUAAAGAAGGAGAUGAUAAUGAAGAAGACCCAACCAAGUUCAUUGAUGAUGAAAUGGAUUACCAAAUUGAGCCAGAGUUUUGGAGCUUAAUUGAUGAUCAAACUUGUUUCAACGAAACACUUAGUCAAGAUGAGUCAAGAACAAUGGUUGAGAACAAGAGUUGGUUGGCUUAUUUAGAGGAGGAACUUGGUUUGAAGGAAUAG